UACGGGUCGCGAGCGGGGACAAAAAUGCUCCCCCUGUCCCUUUUCUGUGCUUUGAUCGGCUAGCAGGUGCGGAUGCUGAAGGAGGAUGGAGGAGAAGACAGUGCGCGGCGGCGGCAUCAACCCCUACCUGGACAAGCUCACCUUGGGGGUCACCCACAUCCUAGAAGCUUCCCCUGGAGUGACUGAAGUGGUUGUUGAGGAAAAGGAGCCAGCGGAGCGGCACACCAUUGUUUCAUGGGAGCAAAAGAAUGGGUGCGUGCUGCCGGAGGACCUGAAGAAUUUCUACCUGACGAUGGAUGGCUUCCACAUGACUUGGAACGUCAAGAUGGACGACAACCCCAUGCCCCUGGGCUCCAUGACGAUCAACAGCAUCUCCAAGCUGAACCGCCUGGGCACUGCGCCAGCUUACACCCUGCCCAACGCACCAACUCUUGCCGACUUGGAGGACACCGACGAGGAAGAAGGAUUCAGGACUAAUGUUUUCAUCUCCCUCUCCAACCCCCCAGAAAAAGGAAACAGGGAUCACCCGGAGAAGCCACAUUUAGACUCCCGGAGUCUGAUCUUUGAAUUAGACCCCUGCGGCGGGAAUGGGAAAGUCUGCCUUGUGUACAAGAACACCAAACCUGUCGUGGCCCCGGAUUCCGAGAUCUGGUUCCUGGACCGAGCCCUCUACUGGCACUUCCUGACCAAAACCUUCACCGCCUACUACCGGCUCCUGAUCACUCACCUCGGGCUCCCCCAGUGGCAGUACGCCUUCACCAGCUACGGGAUCAGCCCUCAGGCAAAGCAAUGGUUCAACAUGUACAAACCCAUCACCGUCAACACGGCGCAGCUCUCCUCGGAGGAGGAGGCUUUUGUGAACAAGCUGGACCCCAACAAGGUGUUCAGGAGCAAGAACAAGACCCCGGUCCUCAAGAAGAAACUGCCCUCCCAGCCGCCCAUCUCCCAGAAAGGCCAAGCUGGGGCGGCCUCCAAGAACCCGUCACAGCCCGGAAGCUCUUCAAGAAGAUGAGGACUCGCCCUUCUGGGCCCCACGGCAGCCUCUUGAGAUACUCCCGUCCGCUCAGCCCGCAUGCACGCGGCCGUCAGCACCAGACACGUUAUCUGCACUACUUGGCACGAGCUCCGGAUAUUUAUGUUAAAGUAUUUAUUUCAGAAA